AUAAUAAUUAAGAUUUUCCAAAAUGGAGGAAGAAAUGUAUGAUGAAUUUGGAAACCUUAUUAAAAAGGAAGAUCAAGAAGGAGACCAAAUCAUGGGCAAGGAAUGGGUAGACCAGAUGAAUCAGCUUAACAUAGAGGGUUCCUUAGAUCGAUCUGAUAAUGAAGCUGAAGGUGAUAACGAAGAGCCCAAAGUUGAAGAAGAACAGCUUCAUGAAUCUCUUGUUCAAUACCAAGAUGUAAAUGAUGAUCCGAAUGAAAAUGCGAUAGUUUUGCAUGAAGAUAAGCAAUAUUAUCCAGAAGCAGAAGAAGUAUAUGGAAACGCAGAAACAUUGGUACAAGAAGAGGAUGCGAUCCCAAUCACAACACCUAUUAUUGCCCCAGUCAGGAAAUAUGAUUUUGAUGCACAAGAAAAAGAGAUUCCAAAAACAACAUUCAACUUUGAGUUUUUAGGAAAUCUUUCAAGCAAGCCAGAUAGAAUCAGGAAUCUUGCUGUUUGUGGGCAUUUACAUCACGGAAAAACUCUAUUCAUGGAUAUGUUUGUUCAAGAAACUCACACCAAAUCUUGGGAUCCAGCUGUAGAACAUAAGUACACUGAUACUAGAAAAGAUGAGAAAGAGAGAAUGCUCUCAAUCAAGAGCAUGCCAAUGUCGUUCAUUAUUCAAGACUCUAGAGAUAAAUCUUAUCUUGUCAACCUUGUUGACACUCCCGGUCAUCCUAAUUUUGUAGAUGAAGUUGCUACAUCUCUAAGAAUUGCAGACGGUGUCCUUCUAGUAGUUGAUGUAAUUGAAGGUGUCACUCUUCACUGCCAAAAUAUUAUCAAGCAUGCUCUUGAAGAAGAAUUGCCAAUCAUUUUGGUGAUCAAUAAGUUAGACAGACUUGUGCUAGAGCUAAAAUUACCACCAUCAGAUGCUUAUUUGAAAAUAAAGAGAACGAUUGAGAAAGUUAAUUAUGCUAUCAAAACAUAUGAUUUUAAGCAGUGAAUGUCUGGACAACUCUCUCCAGUCCUUGGAAAUGUUAUAUUCGCAUCUUCUCUCUACUCAUGUGCCUUUACACUGAAAUCAUUUGCUGCUCUUCAUCUGAAUCUGACAUCAGAAGGGAGAUCAAAGGUUGAUCCUGAGCAGUUCAGUAAGUUCCUCUGGGGAGAUAUCUGGUUUAAUGAAGAGACUAGAAAAUUUGCCAAAAAGCCAGCAGACAGAGACUCAGAGAGAUCCUUUGUCAGCUUCCUUCUUGAACCAUUCUACAAGCUAGUAGGCUACACAGUAGCUGAAGAGAAAGAUAAGCUGCAGCCCUUAUUAAAUCAGCUCAAAAUUUAUCUUAAAAAGAAGGAAUUUAACAUGGAUGUAAAGCCUCUUCUAAAAAGAGUGUUAUCCAAAAGGUUUGGAAAACUUAGUUGUAUUAUGGACUCAAUUGCUUAUUAUAUCCCAAGUGCUAAGGAGAACACACCAAAUAAGAUCAGGAGGCACUAUUUAGGAGAUUCCACCUCUGAAUUAUCUCAAAAAUACUCACUUUGUUCAUCAAAGCAGCCUUUGCUAAUAAAUAUAGUGAAGCUAUACCACAAGCCGGAUAGGUCUUCCUUUGAUGCAUUUGGAAGAAUUUUCUCUGGAAGUAUCAAAGCUGGGGACACAGUAAAAGUCAUCCUUGAUGACUUUGAUCCUGAUAGAGAAGAUAGCAGGACAUAUGUACAUGAAGUCAAGACUGUAAAUAUUUACCAAUCCAGAUACAAAAUUAGCACAAAUCUUGCCUGUGCAGGUUCUUGGGUAUUGAUUGAAGGUGUUAGUGAUGCGAUCAAGAGGACAGCUACCUUAGUCGAUGCAAAAGAAGGCUCAUCAGAGACUUCUUUACCUAUGCAGCCUAUUCAAUUCAGAACUGAAGCUGUUGUAAAAAUUGCCUGUGAAUCGUGUAUCCCUUCAGAGCAUCCUAAAAUGCAAGAAGCCCUUUCUAAAAUCAGCAAGAGUUACCCCUUAGCUGAAAUAAAAACUGAAGAUUCUGGAGAGCACUUAAUCCUUGGAACUGGCGAACUUUACCUUGAUUGUGCUCUUCACGAUCUUAGGAAUAUUUACAGUGAAAUUGAAGUAAAAGUAAGUGAUCCUAGCGUGAGAUUUUGAGAAACUGUUGUGAGCACAAGUUCUAUAAUUUCAACCUGUGAAAGCUCAAAUAAGCUCAACAGCAUUCAAAUGAUAGCUGAAACUCUCGAUGAUGGCCUCGCUGAGGAUAUUGAAACUAAGAAAUUAGACAUUACUUGGCCUGAAGCUGAUAAAAGAAAUUUCUUGGUAAAGGAGUAUGAGUGGGAUGAACUCACAGCCAGCUCUCUGUGGGCCUUUGGACCUGAAGUUAAUGGACCAAAUAUAUUGGUAGAUUAUACUCUUGAAGAUGAAGUUGAUAAAUCAUUGCUAAAUUCCACAAGAAAUAGUAUCGUUAAUGGAUUUAAAUGGGCUACAAGCGGAGGACCACUCUGAGAAGAGCCUGUAAGAGGAUGUAAAUUCAAAAUUUUAAAUGCUCAAUUUGCAAGUGAACCAGUCCAAAGAGGAGGCGGGAGCAUUAUUCCUAUCGCAAGAAAUGUGGUACAUAGUUCUUUCCUUACUGCAACCCCAAGACUCUUAGAACCACUUUACAUCGCAGAAGUCACUUGUCCAGAAGAUUGUAUUGAGCAUAUUUAUAAUAUUCUUCUCAGAAGAAGAGCACAUGUUGUCCACCAAGAACCUCUAGAAGGGUCGCCUCUGCAUUACUUACAUAUCGAGAUUCCAGCAAUUGAGAUCUUUGGAUUUGAAACUGAUUUAAGAACACAUACCGUUGGCCAAGCUAUGGUCUUAAGCCACUUCAACAAAUGGGCUCUUGCCCCAGGAGAUCCUCUUGACAGAUCAAUUCAAAUUAAGGUGCUUGAACCAAGCGAAGUCAGCUCUCUCGCUAGAGAAUUCAUGAUCAAGACCAGAAGAAGGAAAGGAAUGGUUGAUGAUGUCAACGUACCAAAAUUCUUCGAGCACGAAGAAACAAAUGCAAUGGCAAGACAAGACAGAGAUCUGCAGGAUUACUUUAUCAACUAAAUCUCAAUAUCCAUAAUCACCCAU